CAUGUUUGGACUCCUCUGUCGGUUUUUGUGGCUACUCAGUGUUGCGGUAUCGCCGGUUGUUGUGGCAAAUACUGAUGAUGGACUACUUGGAUUUUACACAGCUGGUGUGGCAGAGUUUCGACCGGCGAUAAUGGGCGGUACUUCGCAGCAGCUGUUGGAGGAGAAUCUGCUUGGUUAUCUGGAACUGAUGGCCUCCGGCAAUGGCACUACGGAUAUUAUUGUUUUCCCAGAGGCCACCUUGAAUAGUGUGGUCACUUUGACGGCGGUGCCGGAGUCCACGGCACAAAGUUUAUGUGACGAACAGCCCGAUGAUGAUCCCGAAAUACAAACGUUUUUGAGGCGACUGGCCUGUGCUGCCAGGGAAUAUAACACCUACCUCGUUAUAAAUGUCAAGGAACGGGCUCCGGAGAAUUGUCCUUCGGGAAUAACCUGCUCCAACAGAGGUUAUAUCGUCUAUAACACAAACGUAGUGUUCAAUCGGCAGGGAGCUGUAGUUUCUCGCUACAGAAAGUGGAAUCUCUACUUGGAACCCUCCACCAACCGAACUGAAUUCCCGGAACUGGCCACCUUUAAAACGGACUUCAAUGUGACCUUCGGUCAUUUCAUCUGCUUCGAUAUGCUCUUCUAUACGCCGGCUCAGGAUUUGGUGGAGCGAUUGGGCAUCCGCCAUGUGAUAGUCACCAAAAUGUUCAACUCGGAGCUGCCUUUUCUCACAGCUUCCCAAUUGCAGCAGGGAUGGGCCUGGGGCAACCGAGUGAAUCUCCUGGCUUCCGGAGCAAGUAUUCCGCUGGCGGGAGUAAGUGGCAGUGGAAUUUAUGCGGGUGAACAUGGUGCCUUGGCUCGACUGAUGAUCACCGAGGAGACGGAGGGUCAAAGGAAGUUGCUCCUGGCUCAAGUGCCCCUCGAUCCCGAGGAGAACAUGCUCUUGGACGAGACUUUGGAACCGGAAACGGCGACUACCACGAAGCUAAAACUCCUGCAGCAACCGGAACUGGAGAAAUUCGCCACCUGGGAAUUGCCCAUGGUCAAAGGAAGUUCGGUAAACAAAAGGAUCUGCCAGCAGGAUUUGUGCUGUGAAUUCCAGAUCAAUUGGACUCUAGAGGAAUCGGAGGAAUCUCCAUCAGGAUAUUACUAUAGACUGGGUGUAUGGGUGGGGGAAAGGCGCUACGAGGAGGAGCAGUACAGUGCCAUCCGGCUAUGUGGUUUGUUUUCCUGCAGUAGUUCCAAUGUGCAAAGUUGUGGACUAAUCAACGAAGAGCAAGGAAACCGAGUCAUCUUCACUAAACUGCAGAUCCUGGGGGAGUUUGUUCGGAAACCACGACGCCUCAUUACGCCCAGCACUCUUAGCUUUUCCAAUCUCUAUGCCUUGCAACCAUCUCAAUUAAUUUGGUCAACGGAGGAAACGGAUAAUCUAACCCGGAUUAAGAUGGAACUGCGACAGCCACAUAGCCAGCUAAUGACCUUCGCCAUAUAUGGCAACUAUUUCGAUGAAUAUGCGAAUGGCGGAGCCACCACAGUGGAGGCCAGCAGAUUGGGAACGCUGCUGUUUCUGCUUAUCACGCCGCUAAUGAUGAUGCAUCUCAUCUGGGAGUAGGUCAGUCCAUUAUCACUCACUUAUCUAGAUUUCGAACAAUCCCAAGGGGAAAAUUAUUCAAGAUACUGGCUAGUGGAUAUUAUUUUAUGUUUUUUAUGUUAAUUUAGUUUUAUAAUAUAAAACACUAUUCCAAAAUUCAUUUCCCUGUGAGUAAACCAAUGCUUAGAAUUAAGUUAAAUAUUUCAAAUAAAUUUCGGUUUGUCACUUGGUUA